AUGUCGACCACCGACAUCAUGGACAGGCCGGCCAUGACGCCGCCACCUGGGGUGGUUCCCAGCUUUGACGACCCACCCAACCGCAACACUAUGGCGCUGGCUGUCAUGUCCGUGUGCCUCGCUGUCUCGACUAUCGCCAUGGCGCUCCGCUUCUAUUCGAGAUGGGCGGUCGUGCAGGUGGUGCAGUGGCAAGACUAUUUCCUGCUGGUAGCAUUCGGGCUCUAUGUUGCUAUGCUAGCCAUAGCGUACCGCCUCAGCAAUGAAGUCGGGUGGUUCAUUCAUACAUGGGACCUGCGGACUAGAGACGUGGUGGAGUUUCUGCACGUUUUCAUCAUCGAUACGUAUCUUUUCCUGGCCCUCUUGGUGUUCUUGAAGACGGCCAUCUUAAUGGAGUGGAUCCAUAUCUUUCUCCCCGACGGCGGCAACCGGCGGAGCCUGUUUUUUUGGACGUGCCACUUUGUCAUCUGGGCCAACAUCACUUUCUGCGCUGUCACGGCCAUAGUUUACAGUCUAUCGUGUGAGCCGUUCCAGUACCUGUGGAAUCACACCAUCGAGGGUGGCCACUGUCGCAUGAACACCGCGUACCUCGGCCUAUCGACAGCUUGUUUCGUCUUCGCGACCGACGUCAUCAUAUUAUUCAUCCCGCAGCGCGUCAUCUGGGAGCUCAACAUGUCACGGAGCCGCAAGGCUGGCGUCUCGUUUGUGUUUGCCUUGGGGAUGGCCGCCUGCGCUGCCUCUAUCGUGCGCCUGUACUAUCAUGUUGUGUGCGCCGAAAGCGCCGACAUAACCUACCACAUGUCGCCUAUGAUGCUGACGGCAGUCGGAGAAUGCGCCUGUGCCAUUCUGGUCCUAUGCGUUCCCGCAGUGCCCAAGGCAUUUACUGGACUCAAGCUCUCGGGCCUACUACCGUCGAUCAACCCGUGGGGCAGACUGGUAUCGCCUGCCAGCUACGGCUCCUCGCAAGAGCCUCGUAAGAAGAAGUACACCGGUGACGGGGCAAAGGCCUGGCCCACAUCGGCCGAGGAGGCUUAUAAGAGGAACUGGCAGAUUGGAUCCAGCUCAGAGCGCUCCCUGGUGCCUCUGGAGCCCAAAUCUAGUGCCAGACACCACGAUCUGGAGCUCGGCAACGCCAUCCUCUGCAUCACAGAUUUCGAGGCCAAAACGUCCUACGAUCCCGAUCGGACCGUCUUCCUGGAGCAACGCAGCCGUCAGCACCCAUGGAUGCAGAGGUAG